AUGAUACCGAUGUGGUCUCAGUGGAUAUUUAUUUCGAUCAAUGCCGCCUCUCUUCCACUUUACAUAGCCAUCAUUAUUGUUUGUGUGAAAGAAUGGAAGCAUAGCCGUUUGCGAAGAACUUUCUAUAUGCUCAUCGUAUCUCAGGGUGUCGUGGAUGUUGCGGUGAUGGUUAACUAUUUUUUGUUCUGGACUCUACGGAUAUCGCAGUUAUUUAAUGAGUUCUACUGGACCUAUCAAGAUUAUUAUAUAGCCACAUGGGCUUUCAAUCAGACCUACGUAUCUGUAUUCAUACGGUGUUUCGGAGUGUUAUUGAUCACAUUUCAACGAUACAUUUCCUUGUGUAAAAAUGGCUCUCACAUUGAGCAGAUAAUCAACGUCUCACAUCGUUGGAGUGUUGUAAUUGUGCAGUGGAGCGUCCCAAUGAUCUACUCGAUUCCACUUCUGCUUUUCAGCCAUGCUACCUUUUUUUCGUUGACGAAUCUCGAGGUGAUAGUGCAAAAGGAAUCCAUCACUCUCGCCACCUCUAUGGCCGUCCUUUUCGUUACUUUCACGUUCAUUCCAUGUAGUCUAUUCUAUGUGGCUAUACUGAGAUUUCUGGUGAAAAACCGGUAUAGCAGCGACACGUGA